AUGACUGAGCCGAACACGCGGGGCAAGACCAAGGACAACGGGACCGACGGCAACUCGGAGACCAACAACGACAAUGGAAGCAAAAGCUCCGACCAACCCUCCCUAGCAUCCCGCAUCCAGUCCUCGGCAACAAAUCUAGCGAGAAGCGCCUUUCAACCACCUACGUCAACAGAGCUCUCCCAAUCUCUAGCAGCAAGCACCGGCAACAAAGCCGGACAAUCCUCCCUCCAACCAACACCCAAUACACACAGCGCGAGCCGGGAUAUCGCAACACAAGGAUCAGGAUCGGGAGUAGGAGCAGGAUCAACAGCAACAAGAACCCAAGCACCAGCCUUCCGAAAUGAAACCCACCAGCAAGGCGGGGUCGAGCUACCCCCAUUAACAGAAACCGACUUCGAAGAAGCCCUACGACUGGAACAGGGAUUAGACCAAGAAUCAGGAUACGACCAAACUCAAGAUCCAAACACAGACCUCCAAUCAACCCAAGGCCCCUGGAAAGGAAAACAACGAGCCAGAGACCCAACCCAAACGCAAUACGAAACAGCCUGGCAACGCAACUUCCCAGCGACCACCCAAUACCAAUCGACGCCCUACACACCUGACCCAAAUGACGGCUCAGAAGUCCUUUCCCUCCUCACCGAUCCAUCCUUCGACCCAAAUAUGGAGACGGAUCCAGCCACCCUCCCCGAAACACAUCCCUCUCUAGAUCGAUAUGCAGCACCGGCUCCGUUAUCAGCCGGUGAAAUUGAAGCGAUCGAGUCAUUUCGACGGGAUGUUAGUGGUGGCAUGCGUGAAGAGGUAGAUCGGGGCGUUCAAGCGGAGAUGGCGAUGCAGAAAGGGGAGAGUGGGAAUGGGAAUAUAUCAGGAACGAGUUUAAUACCCGAUAUCGAUACAUUCCUCAUGGAGAAUGACCAUGGGGUUGGAUCUGGGGUUAGAACCAAUUCGGGGAGCUCCCUCCGCGAUACAAUCGCAACAUACCUGCCCGGCGCGACAGACUGGAUGGACGUGCAGGAGAGGUAUGUUGAUGAUGUAUGGGGAUAUCUAGAGCCAGUGCUUGAAGCUGCGAAGGAGGAGAUUGAGGAUGAGAGGGUUGAGGGGAGGGGGCAUGAGGAUGGGGAUGGGCCGGCUGUCAGACGGCUGAAGAUGAUUUUAGGGCAUAUGAAGGGGUAG